CGCCGACCGCCUGAUACCGAACUUUUUGCGAAGCGACCUGGGGUGUUUACGUCUCCAUCAACCGGAAGUAUUUUUAACUUGUUAGGAAGGAAAAAUUCAUCAGGUACACAAGCAGCACCGCUCUUAGGUGCACAACCUUUCCGGCAGCCCCAAGCUGGGAUCACAACCCCAGCCCCAAUUAAGUUUGAAUUCACAAAACACAUGGACGUGCUCAAUCAUUUUGGGGCGUUUGGGUUUGUUCCAAACCCAUUGCAGGCCACCGCCACACCGCCUGUGACUGAACCUGCACCUGACCAGCCCAAAACGACCAGUUGGAAUCCCGCCAACGCCAGUAAAGUCUUCAAAAAUCAGAGUUCAGCUCCCUCACUUGGAGCACCCCCAGCGAAUACCGACACAGAGCCGCCGAACAUUCAAGGGCCAGUUCACUCGGCUCUGCAGGACCAGCAACCCUCCGCCCCCCGGGACCAGCCCACCACCAGCGCAUCCGCAGUAGAUGGCCCUCCGGAACAAACAGGCCCAGUCUCUCCGGGCAGCUCCAUCAAUAACGACCCCUUGUUCACCGAGCACAUCAAUCAGAGCCCACAUUCUCCAAAUGUCAGCGGCUCCGACGCCGACUCCUCAAUGGAGAUCGAAGGUACGAACGCCGAACGCUCGAAAAAGUACGCAGGUUAUGAACCAUAUGUGUCAAGCGGAAGCGGCGAUGAUGACAUGCAGGUGGAUGAAAAGUCAGACAAUCAGGCAGAGCCCGGCAGCCAUCAAACACCGGGUGCUGAUACCUUCCAGGACCAGUUGGGCGGCUUCUCACCGUUACAACCACCAUCCGCUCCAGCACCUUUGGGCCCAACCUUACCCGUCUAUGAACCAGGUCGAUCCGAAUCCUGGAAGCAAGAGCAACCCGCAUCCCCAGGCUUUUCAGGCUUCUCGCACAGCGGCCGCCCCUUCAGGUAUGAUCCCUCUGGCCCGGAGCUCGAAGGCUUCGCCUCCCACCACAGACAACAGCAGGAGAGAGAAAACAACAACCAAAAAUUGGCAAACACCAACGUGGGUGGUGAGCCUCCCGACCAACCGAGUCCUAGCGGGGGCAGGUUCACCGGCAGCGGCAACAAGCCAGGUUGGGGCGGUGAACAGCCAGAGAGCAUAAAACACGCACCUAGGUCACCCGUACGAGAGUACAAUCCCAGCCCGGCCUAUAUGAAUGGUGAGGACGGCGAUGGGAGCAUCUACCCAGGUUUCCCCGGACGCCAAAGGAGGGGCAGCGGUGGUUUUGUUCCACCAUCCCCAUUCCUGAUGUCGGGCCGCGAUCAACAAAGACGGGGUGCUUUCAUUCCAUAUCCGGAGGAGGAUGAGCACGAACGUCCGCACAGGGGUCCGGAGAUUGGCGGGGGUAGAAGAGGAUCGAUGGACACGAUGGCCGGGGGAGAGACGCGGGAUGGUAGCGAAGGGCGGAUGGAGCUAGACGACAAGCCUGCACAAAUCCCGUUCGCACAGGGUCAGACGCAGGUGCCUGCGAAUAACCCAUUUGGACAGGGCCAGACGCAGGGCAUCGCAGUCAACCCGUUCACCGGACAGCCCCUGCGGCCCUUCGCUGGUAGUGCACCUAACCCAUUCCGACAACACACAACGCAGGCCCCCGACAACUGAUUUGCUUACCAACCCCAAACUCGCGCGAACACCACGAAUCAGGGUCCCGCGCACAAGCAGGGUCGGGCCUCGACCGGUCGGGCCUUGACAGGAAGUUGGCUGAAAGAACCGCCGGCUGAUGCGGCCCCCAACGACGACGGCGACGGUGAUGGCAUGGAAUUGGACUCCCCCGACGACGCGGAAACGACUGCAGACAUGCCCGGAGAGGAGGCGGAUGAACUGACAAAGCUGUUCAUCGAAGGCUUGGACCAGCUCGAAGAGAUCGACGAUGAUGAGGACGACCCCAGGCUCAACGACGGCUACGUUCAGCCGGAGAAGAAGGAAUAGGAGGAGAUGGAGCACGCUGGGGUAAAGUGGAAGGGGGCGUUGAAGGAGCCUGCUCCGGAGGAGGAUAG